CGAGCCGAAUGUAUUGUGUGUAGCCAGAGGCAUAGGGUCUACACGAGUCAAGUGUAUUGUGUGUAGCCAGAGGCAUAGGGUCUACACGAGUCAAGUGUAUUGUGUGUAGCCAGAGGCAUAGGGUCUACACGAGUCAAGUGUAUUGGGUGUAGUCAGAACCAUAGAGUCUACACGAGUUAAGUGGAGUGUGUAGUCGGAAGAAAGGAGACCACACGUUGUAUUGUGAACGUAAAGAUUUAAUAAAAGUGUGUUACCCGUCAAGAAGUUCCUGCCGUCAAUUCCAAUACUUCAACUGGCGUCAGAAGUGAAACGGUCUUCCAAGCAUGGAGACAAGGAAGACCCGUCGGACCCACGAGAUUGACCGCGGGGACAACCUCGACGACUCGGGCCAGCUGGCAUCGGGGGGUGAGGACGAGGAAUUGCCCACGCUGCAGGAUCCGCCAACGGCGCCGGACGAGCGACGGGGGACCGACGCCGUGCUUCGCGAGGCGCACUCCCGCCUGGCGGAGCUGCUGCUCGCCGCCGCGUCCAUCCUGGCGGAGAUCAGCUCGUCGGGAGGAGCGGGGACGGCGGCGGACGUUCUGCAGGGUCGCCCCGCAGAUUCCCGCCAAAACGACUUGGCGAUUCCCGCCAUUUCAUCUGCGCCGACUUUUGGCGGGAACGGCCAUCACCACGUGGCAGCGGUUCUCCAAGCGCGCCCGCUUACGUCACCAACGCGCGCUGCGGACCGCCAUCAGACACCCGCCACUGGGGCCGCCAUCUUACACACCGACGGGGCGGCGGAGAGGAAGCACGAGGAGGAGGACGACUUCAUCUUUCAACAGCGCCUUCCCACGUUGUCAGCCUUCAAGGCGGAAGGCGGGGAUUGGAGCCAAUUUCAGCGCAGGUUUUUGACGCAUCAGGAGAUGUCCGCCUGGUCCGACGCUACGGCACUGCGGGCACUGCCUGCCAUGCUGGACGACAACGCGCUCGCGGCCUUCACGUCCGCACGCAGGUCGGACCGCUCCACGCUCAAGGAUGCGCUGGCUCUCAUGGCCAAGAUGCGAUGGUUUUGGAGCAACUGCUCAAGUUGGCGCAGGACCUGGGGGUCCCCAUCAACACGGCCGACGAGACCGAUAUUUCUUCCUUACGGGUCGCUACGAGCAUACAAGCGCACGAGGUCCUUCAACGUAAACAGGGGGUCGUCUGCAACGCUGCCGUGGCCUCAGCUCCGGGCCCCGUAGUCACCGUGCCCCAAGUCGUCAGCCCACGAGAGGAGGCGUUCAUCGCGGAACG